CUGCCCCAGCCGGGGGAGGCUUUGCUGCGCUAAGGAGAACUCCUGGGCACGCGCCCCUUCCCCCUGCAGCAGCGCCGCCGCCGCCAGAAGAGGAAGCGCGGUGGAGGGUCCCUCCUUUUUUUCUCCCUCCCUUGGCUUGUUUAGUGGGGCUAUUGGCUGCUGCUCUCCUUCCUUCCUCCUUUCCUUCCUUCCUCCUUCCCCAGCUUGGGGAAGGUGAGUGGAAAAGGCCUUGCACGAGCGGGGGAAGAGGGCGGAGGAGGAAGGGUGUCCCCCGCUUUGAGCGAACGAGGGUCAGCGGGGAAUGCCUCGUGCUGUGGAUUUCGUCUCCGGGCAAGCGGGCGGGUUUUAGCUUGCUAUACUCUAUGUAGUAGCAACAGUAGUAGCGGUGGUGGAGGCUCCUCCUGGGAGCACGUCCUAGUUGACCGGGUAACGGAGGGGGAGUCGCUGAGGAAUGUUGCGUCCGUGCAGCUCGGAGGCGCCUUCCUGAGGAGAAAUGGUGGCUUGUGGUGUUCCUGCAUUUGCUGCGGGGAAAGAAAAAAAGGACUGGCCAUGCAGCCAUGCAUAAAGUGUUGGAGGAUCCUUCCAGGGAUGUGGUGAUGAGUUGAAAGACAAGGACAGUCAAGUGGUUUUUCUUUCUGAGGAGUGGCAGUUAUCAUGACCGUCUUCAGGCAAGAGAAUCUGGAUGACCACUAUGAGAUUGGAGAGGAACUUGGAAGUGGACAGUUUGCAGUAGUAAGGAAAUGUCGCGAAAAAAGCACUGGUGUACAAUACGCUGCCAAAUUCAUCAAGAAACGAAGAACAAAAUCCAGUCGCCGGGGUGUCAGCCGAGAAGACAUUGAACGAGAAGUGAACAUACUAAAAGAAAUUCAGCACCCCAAUGUGAUUACACUUCAUGAUGUUUAUGAAAGUAAAAUGGAUGUAAUCCUUAUUCUGGAACUUGUUGCAGGUGGGGAACUCUUUGAUUUUUUAGCUGAAAAGGAAUCUCUGACUGAAGAGGAGGCCACAGAAUUUCUCAAGCAAAUCCUUAAUGGUGUUAACUAUCUGCACUCUCUGCAAAUUGCACACUUUGAUCUCAAGCCUGAGAACAUAAUGCUGCUGGAUAGAAAUGUACCAAAGCCUCGCAUCAAGAUCAUUGACUUCGGCUUAGCCCACAAAAUAGACUUUAGCAAUGAGUUUAAGAACAUUUUUGGAACACCUGAAUUUGUUGCACCUGAAAUAGUUAAUUAUGAACCACUGGGCCUUGAGGCAGACAUGUGGAGCAUUGGUGUAAUAACAUAUAUUCUUCUAAGUGGUGCAUCACCAUUUCUUGGAGAAACAAAACAAGAAACAUUAGCUAAUGUGUCUGCAGUAAACUAUGACUUUGAGGAAGAAUUCUUCAGUAAUACCAGUACUCUUGCUAAGGAUUUUAUAAGAAAUCUUCUAAUUAAGGAUCCAAAGAAGAGAAUGACAAUUCAAGACAGCUUGCAGCAUCCUUGGAUCAAGCCUAAAGAUACCCUCCAAGCACUUAGUAGAAAAGCAUCUGCUGUAAAUAUGGAGAAAUUCAAAAAGUUUGCAGCUCGAAGAAAAUGGAAACAAUCUGUGAGAUUAAUAUCAUUAUGCCAAAGAUUAUCAAGAUCAUUUUUGUCCAGAAGUAACAUGAGUGUGGCUAGGAGUGAUGAUACCUUGGAUGAGGAAGAUUCAUUUGUAAUGAAAGCCAUCAUUCAUGCCAUCAAUGAUGACAAUGUUCCUGGUCUCCAGCAUCUUCUGGGGUCUUUGACCAAUUAUGAUGUCAAUCAACCAAACAAGCAUGGAACACCUCCAUUUCUGAUUGCUGCUGGAUGUGGGAAUAUUCAGAUGCUUCAGUUAUUCCUAAAGCGAGGUGCUCGUGUUGAUGUCCAAGAUAAGGCAGGAUCUAAUGCAAUCUACUGGGCAUCUCGACAUGGUCAUGUAGAAACUCUGAAAUUUCUUCAUGUAAAUAAUUGUCCAUUAAAUGUUAGAGACAAGUCCGGAGAAACUGCACUCCACGUGGCAUCUCGGUAUGGUCAUGUUGAAGUGGUUCAGUACCUGUGUAGUAUUGGAUCAAACCCAAAUUUUCAAGAUAAGGAAGAAGAAACUCCUUUGCACUGUGCCGCCUGGCAUGGUUACUAUUUUGUUACUAAAGCGCUGUGUAAGGCAGGCUGUAAUGUGAAUGUUACAAAUAAAGAAGGGGAAACUCCACUCCUGACAGCCUCAGCUAGAGGUUACCAUGAUAUUGUGGAAUGUUUGGCCGAGCAUGGUGCUGACCUUGAUGCAGCUGACAAGGAUGGACAUAUAGCCCUUCACCUUGCUGUCCGAAGAUGUCAAAUGGAGGUGGUUAAAAUGCUUAUUAGUCAUGGGUGUUCUAUAGAUUUCCAGGAUAGACAUGGGAACACUCCCCUUCAUGUGGCUUGCAAAGAUGGAAACAUCCCCAUUGUGAUGGCACUCUGUGAAGCAAACUGUAACAUUGAUAUCACUAAUAAGUAUGGGCGAACACCUUUACAUCUUGCAGCAAACAAUGGAAUUCUUGAUGUCGUUCGGUACCUCUGCCUCAGUGGAGCUAAUGUGGAGACUUUAACAUCUGAUGGAAAAACAGCAGAAGAUCUGGCUAGGGCAGAGCAACACGAACAUGUCGCCUGUCUACUUUCAAGGCUUAAAAAGGAUACGCACAGAGCCCUAUUCAUCCAACAUCUUAGACCUACUCAUAAUUUACAACCUAGAAUAAAACUUAAGCUCUUUGGCCACUCUGCAGCUGGGAAAACUACUCUUGUGGAGUCUCUAAAGUGUGGACUUUUGAGAAGCUUUUUCAGAAGGCGUAGACCAAGGCUAUCCUCAACAAACUCAGUCAGGUUUCCUCCUUCACCUUUAUCUAAUAAGCCUUCAGUUUCAGUAAGUAUUACAAAUCUGUAUCCUGGCUGUGAGAAUGUUAGUGUGAGAAGCCGGAGCAUGAUGUUUGAGCCAGGCCUGACCAAAGGGAUGCUGGAAGUCUUUGUCUCACCCUCUCACCAUUCCCACUGCUCGACAGAUGACCAGUCUACCAAAGCCAUUGACAUUCAGAACGCUUAUUUGAAUGGAAUUGGUGAUUUCAGUGUAUGGGAAUUCUCUGGGAAUCCUGUGUAUUUCUGCUGCUAUGAUUAUUUUGCUGCAAAUGAUCCCACCUCAGUUCACAUUGUGCUUUUCAGUCUUGAAGAGCCUUAUGAAAUACAGCUGAACCAAGUGACCUUUUGGCUUAGUUUCUUAAAAUCGCUUGUACCAGUUGAAGAACCUAUAGCAUUUGGAGGAAGGCUGAAAAAUCCACUGCACGUUGCACUGGUGGGCACUCAUGCUGACAUUGUCAACCUUCCACGCUCUGCUGGAGGAGAGUUCCAGUAUGAUAAAGAUACAUCUCUUCUCAAAGAAAUUAGGAACAGGUUUGGGAAUGACCUCCACAUUUUAGACAGGUUGUUUAUUUUGGAUGCUGGGGCAUCUGGCUCAAAAGAUAUGAAGAUUCUCCGAAACCACCUUCAGGAAUUACGUAGUCAAAUUAUCUCUACAUGUCCACCUAUGACUCACUUGUGUGAAAAAAUCAUUUCAACCCUGCCAUCAUGGAGAAAAAUGAAUGGACCCAACCAGCUCAUGUCAUUGCAGCAGUUUGUGUAUGAUGUGCAAGAUCAGCUUAACCCAUUAGCAAGUGAAGAUGAGCUGCGGCAUAUUGCCCAGCAGCUGCACAGUAUCGGAGAAAUCAAUAUCAUGCAGAGUGAGACAGUCCAAGAUGUUGUGCUUCUGGAUCCUCGCUGGCUGUGUUCAAAUGUCCUUGGAAGGCUCCUGUCCGUAGAGAACCCUAAAGCCCUCCACCACUACAGAGGUCGAUAUACCAUAGAGGACAUUCAACGCCUGAUACCAGAUAGUGAUAUAGAAGAGCUUAUACAGAUCUUGGACGCCAUGGAUAUCUGUGCUAGGGAUCUCAGCAGUGGAACAAUGAUUGAUGUUCCUGCAUUGAUCAAGACUGAUAGCCUUCAUAGAUCUUGGGCUGAUGAGGAGGAUGAAGUUAUGAUUUAUGGUGGUGUCCGAAUUGUUCCUGUGGAGCACCUAGCACCGCUUCCAUGUGGGAUCUUCCAUAAAGUUCAGGUGAAUCUGUGCAGAUGGAUUCACCAGCAGAGCACAGAAGGAGAUGCAGAUAUACGUCUCUGGGUAAAUGGAUCCAAGAUUGUGAACCGUGGAGCUGAGCUUCUUGUGUUGCUUGUCAACAAUGGUCAGGGUAUUGAAGUUCAAGUUAGAGGCCUGGAAACAGAGAAGAUUAAAUGCUGCUUAUUCCUGGAUUCGGUGUGCAGCACCAUUGAUAAUUUGAUGGCCACAACAUUACCAGGACUCUUAACAGUCAAACAUUAUCUCAGUCCCCAGCAACUGAGGGAACACCAUGAACCAAUAAUGAUUUACCAGCCAAGAGACUUUUUUCGGGCGCAAAGUCAAAAGGAGACCUCAUUGACUAAUACCAUGGGUGGCUAUAAAGAAAGUUUCAGUAGUAUAUUGUGCUUUGGGUGUCUUGAUGUCUACUCACAGGGAAGCUUGGGGAUGGAUAUCCAUGUAUCAGAUCUGAAUCUGCUUACAAGGAGGAAACUGAGUCGACUUCUAGAUCCACCUGAUCCCAUGGGCAAGGAUUGGUGCCUUCUUGCGAUGAACUUGGGCCUUCCUGAGCUUGUUGCAAAACACAAUACAAACAAUGGGAGUCAAAAUGACUUUGUCUCAAGUCCAUCCUACGCCCUUCUGCAGGAAUGGGGAAAUGCCCCUGAAAGUACUGUGGGUAUCCUAAUGUCUAAGCUGAGAGAACUGGGCCGCAGAGAUGCAGCUGACUUUUUACUGAAAGCAUCUUCUGUGUUCAGAGUCAGUUUAGAUGCAAAUGGCCAAGAAGCCUAUGCUUCAAGCUGUAACAGUGGGACUUCUUAUAAUUCAAUUAGCUCAGUUGUCUCUCGGUGAAAGAAAAUGCCAGAAAGCGCACACUUUUAUAAACAAGAAUGGAUUAAGUAUGGCAGUUUUGUAUGUAUUUAUAAGUUUCUACAUUAAUGGGUUGCUACCUUUCUCCUGCAUUAUUUUUCAAGUGACCAACCUUCCUACUUUUUUAACUGUACCCCAUUGCUCUUAUUUUAGUUACUGAAGGUAGUAUAUUUCUGGUACUUGACAGUCUACUCCUGAUUAUACAUUAUGCUGCUUUAAAUUUGGUCAAUUCUACUGGGAGGCCUCCAGCUUUUCAGUAAGCAAGAUUUUUAAAAUAUAAUUUUUCCUAACAGAAGAAUACUACAUAAUGAUUAACACUUACUUCUUAUAUCCUUUUUCUUUUUCAUCAUGCGUAUUUAAAUUUUUAACAUAUAUAUAGCAAAACAAUGCUAGUCUGUUGGAUUUUAACACCAGGCUUGGAAAUGAAAAAGCGAGUGCCUUUGCAGAAGAAUAAUAAUAUGGUUAAAGUCAAGUGAUCCUGUUGAAGCUGUAAGACAAUGCUACCUCUAUUUCACUGUCUGCAUGCUGGGUAUUCCAAGGGGCACUUGCCUUUAUGUUUUCCUGAAGUUUAAGGUAUUUGGUAACAUGAAAUUUGUUCUGCUGAAGAGCUCUCAUGUGGGAUACCAUGAGGGAAGGAACAUAUAAAGCAUUAUCCAUUUUUGUUUCCGUUGAAGUGGAAUGGAAAUGUUAAAACCCAUGAACUUGCACCUUCCAUUAUUUCCACAUAUCUCAGGUAAAGAUUUUACACAAUUGUAAAGUUCACCAAGGCACGUACACAAGUGUUAGCUAAAUGGACUUAAUCUGUAUUUAACAGUGAUCAUUUGUGUGAAGCAAAUGGUUUUUCACUUUCAGAUACUAGUGUGCUUAUUUCUUAUACUUGAAGGUUUGACCUUUGUUUUUGUUCUUUUGCUUGUUCGUUUUUUUAAGGAGAGCAAGACUUUCUUGCAGUGAGAGAAUUUAAAAUGGGUAUGAGGGAACAAGACUACUUACGUUCUAAAAAGCAUGUAAUUUUAAUGGUACAAGUUAUGUGUAUAUACAUAUAUUAUGUAUAUAUAAAUACUGUUUUUCCUUAAUCUUUGUUGUAGUAAAAUUUUAAAGGAUUUUUUUACAAAUAAAUUGUUGCCUGUUGCAACUUUUUCAUUA